AGUUGCCUACUACGGUGCUACGGUGGCCUCUACCUGCCCAACCUAACCUACCUACAUACCCGCCCUGCCUACAUAGUUCAGGUUUAAUGGGUAGAUAUGAGAAUGAAUGUGGGACUUUUGGAAAUGGUGCUACUGCAACAGUGCAUCUACCGUCGCACCUACGAACCCAAUUGCUUGGUAAACUUGAUGUCAGGUGGUCCAAAAACCCCGUUCCCUGAGGUCAAUGGCGUCAAAGAGCACGUAGUACCAAAUAGCCACAAUUUCGUCCUUAGGUAAAUGUAGGCAUUGUUGCAUAAAGGACAGAAAGUGAUAAUACCCCUCGAUACAAACCCCUCCAUACUACAUUUUCUUCCAAUUUGCGUGUUCAAAAAUACCUACAUCCGAAAUAGUUUACCGAAUUUGCUAUACUCCAACUUCACGACUUUUGCUUUAGCAAUGGGCAGCGUAAUGAAAGCCGUUGACAUCAAAGGCGGCCGGGGCCCCGCCACCUCCCUCUUCAUCAACCCCUCGACGCCCAAACCCUCACCCAAGGACGGCGACGCCCUCGUGCGCAUCAAAGCCUUCGGCCUAAACCGCAUGGACCUGAUCCAGCGCGAGGGGCGGUACCCCUUGCCCCCCCAGGCCCCCACGAUCAUGGGCGUCGAGUUCAGCGGGACGAUCGAGGGCUUCGGCCCCGGCUCGCACGGGGACUUCCGCGUCGGCGACGAGGUGUUCGGCCUGGCGUACGGCGGCGCGUACGCCGAGUACAUCGCCGUGAGCUCCAAGAUGCUUCUGCACAAGCCGGCGAGCUUCAGCUGGGAGGCGGCGGCGGGGAUCCCGGAGACGUGGAUCACGGCGACGCAGGCGCUGCACCUGGUGGGGGAGUUCGCGGCGGGCAAGACGGCGCUGUGGCACGCCGGCGCCAGCGGCGUCAGCAUCGCGGGCAUCCAGCUGAGCCGCGACGCCGGCGCCACCGCCGUCUACGCGACCGCCGGCUCCGACGAGAAGUGCCGCUUCAUCGAGCGCGAGCUGGGGGUCACCAAGGCCUUCAACUACAAGACGCAGGACUGGGCGAAGGAGAUCCUCGAGGCGACGGGCGGCAAGGGCGUGGACCUCAUCGUCGACUUCAUCGGCGCCACGUACUUCCAGCACAAUCUCACCGUGGCCGCGAGGGAUGCGAGAUGGGUUGUGCUGGGCUUGAUGGGCGGCAUGAAGCUGGAGAACGUGGAUAUUGGGCCACUGCUUUUCAAGCGAAUCCGAAUCGAGGGCAGUACGCUGCGGAGUCGUGACCCGGACUACCAGGGCCGGCUCAGGGACAAGCUGGCCGGGUACCUCCCUCACAUUGAGAGCGGUAAACUCAAGGUCUUUAUUGAUAGUGUGCUGCCAAUGGAGGAUAUCGUCAAGGGCCAUGAACUACUGGCAGCGAACAAGACUACAGGGAAGAUCAUCUGUUUGGUCCCAUAGAAAGUACGCCGUAAUUUCUCAAGCCAAUCUAAUUUCAGGCGGCGGAAAGUCUACACCAUACUUCUUUAUAUUUUCCCAUCCCACGCAGGGCUAUGUUUUUCGGCUUGAGGCCUCUGAAGGAUAACAACUUGAUGAACACACCACAAUAGGUACAAAUCCUACCCAGGCACCUAAGCACUUUAAAAUA